AUGAUCUCCAUCUCGCGCAGAUGGAUUCUUACCUGCAUUUUGAUCUGUGUAACAUUGUCCCUCGUCUUCAAUGUUCUAGAACAUGAUGGUUGGACACCGCCUCCCCCUCCUCCGCCAACAGAAGACUCCCCCUUACCGCCGGACUUUAGCUGGAAGACCUUGCCCCGACAGUGGCCAUUGGACUCAUCCUUGAUUCCAUUACCAAACGGACCGCCAGCUCAGAUCCCGCCCAUCCAACACAAAUUCGCCAAAGAAACACCGAGGGAAAGAUACAAGAGACAAAAAAGGCUGGCAGCUGUCAAGAACAGCUUCAAGCACUCCUGGAACGGUUACAAGAAAAAUGCUUGGUUGCAAGAUGAGGUCAGGCCGCUGUCCGGAGGAUACAAGAAUGGAUUCGGAGGCUGGGGGGCAACGCUGGUCGACUCCCUCGACACUCUCUGGAUCAUGGACAUGAAGAAGGAAUUCGAAACUGCCGUUGCAGCCUUGAAACAUCUUGAUUUUACCACGUCACCUUCGCGUACGAUUAGCGUCUUCGAGACAACUAUUCGCUAUGUAGGCGGCCUCUUGAGUGCAUACGACUUGAGUAACGGAAAAUACCCAAUCUUGUUGGAAAAGGCAACUGAGCUUGGUGAUAUGCUAUAUGCCUCGUUUGAUACUGCCAACAACAUGCCGGUGGUUGGAUCCUGGAACUGGUUGAAGGCUGCAAAAGGAGACCUGCAAUCAGCUCCUUCGAAUGCGCUUUCUGCUGAUAUAGGGUCCCUGAGUCUAGAGUUUACCCGGUUAUCGCAGCUGUCCGGUGACCCAAAGUAUUACGACGCUAUUCAGAGGAUUAUGAACGCUUUCGAAGAGUCACAAAACAGCACAAGGCUGCCAGGAAUGUGGCCGGUAUCUUUGGAUGCCCGCAAGUUGGACUUUACCCACGAUAGAGUUUUCACUCUGGGUGCUAUGGCCGACUCGCUUUAUGAAUAUUUUCCCAAGCAAUAUCUUCUGCUCAACGGCAGAGACAAGCAGACCCAACACAUGUACGAAAAGAGUUUAGCUGUGGCCAAGGAGCAUCUGUUCUACAGACCUCUCAACCCCGAAAAUUUGGACAUCCUUAUUUCCGGGUCCGUGAGACAAAUCGGUGCAAGUUACGAUCGAAAGCAUGAAGGACAGCACCUAACUUGCUUCGUCGGAGGUAUGGUUGCUUUGGGCGCCAAAAUCUUCAACACACCAGAAGAUAUUCAGACAGCAAAGCAAUUGACAGAUGGAUGCGUGUGGGCGUACCAGCAAACGCCAAGCGGAAUGAUGCCCGAGAGCUUCGAAGCUAUUCCUUGCAGCGACGACGAAGACUGCAAAUGGACCGAAGAUAGAUGGUACAAAGGUCUUGUAAUGGCUAUUCAUCGGGUCAUCGAUACCAGUACCAGAUCUCUCAAGGAACAAGCCCAGCAGAUCAUUGAGAGAGGAAGACUUCCCCUUGGGUUUGCCAAGGUUGUCGACUCUCGCUACUACCUCCGCCCAGAGGCCAUCGAGUCUGUGUUCUACAUGUAUCGCAUCACAGGCGACAAGACAUGGCAAGACAAGGCAUGGCAGAUGUUCCAAGCCAUUGAUUCGCACGCGAGAACGGACAUCGCAUAUGCCGUCGUUCAAGAUGUGCGAGACACGCAGUCACAACUCACUGAUACCAUGGAAAGCUUUUGGACUGGAGAGACACUGAAGUACUUCUAUCUCAUCUUCAGCGAACCAGAUCUUAUCAACCUAGACUCCUGGGUUUUGAACACGGAGGCUCAUCCUCUGCGCAGGCCGCAGAAUUAA